UGUGCCGUGGGACCUUAUCCCACCCCGUCUCGGUGUCCGACACAGCGUGGCAGUGACAGUCACACAGCAGGACAGCUCGCAUAUGCUCGUCACGUUUGGAUGUCGCACAGGGAUGACGAGAUGUCGGCGUUGUGUGGCAACGGCUCCUUAGAUGUGUGUCAAGAGGCUGCCGAGAAACAAGAGAAGGAGCAUCCUCGUGUUCUCAUUCCCGAGCUGUGCCGGCUCUUCUACCAGCUAGGAUGGGUGACUGGGACUGGUGGUGGGAUCAGCUUGAGACGAGGUGACCAGAUCUACAUUGCACCGUCAGGCGUUCAGAAGGAGAGAAUACAGCCAGAGGAUAUGUUUGUGUGUGACAUAGAGGAGAGAGACAUCAGCUGUCCGCCCGCUUGGAAGAAGUUAAAGAAAAGCCAGUGUACACCACUUUUUAUGAAUGCCUACACCAUGAGAGGGGCACAGGCAGUUAUACACACCCACUCCAAGGCUGCUGUCAUGGCAACGCUGCUGUAUCCUGGCAAAGAUUUCAGAAUAACGCACCAGGAAAUGAUAAAGGGGAUUCGUAAGGACACUGCAGGCACAAACUAUCGGUAUGAUGACAUGCUGGUAGUUCCUAUUAUUGAAAACACACCAGAGGAGAAGGACUUGAAAGACAGGAUGGCCCGAGCAAUGGAAGAAUACCCGGAUUCAUGCGCAGUUCUUGUUCGCAGACAUGGUGUCUAUGUCUGGGGCGAGUCCUGGGAAAAAGCAAAGACAAUGUGUGAAUGCUAUGAUUACCUGUUCGACAUUGCCGUCCAGAUGAAGCAGUGCGGUUUGGACCCCUCGGCGCUUCCAGUGGAAGAAAAGGGAAUAGUGUGACAUUUUCUGGCGCUUAUUUUUGAGAUAUUUGUUACAGAAAGGUUAGCCGAGUUCAAUCAGGGGAGCAGAUUGUAAUCAUUUGCCUUUCACGGCAGCCUGCCUCAAAAUGGAUGAAAUGUGAUGGUAAGGGCAAAUUCGGGGUUGAAGAUCGAAUGCCUGUAAUCUGGAGGUACCUGCAGGUACACUGUAAAGCACUGUGGGACAACUCACAAGAGAGUAGCUGUCAAACCGAUGUCCUCAGGUUCAAAUGCCUUUCUGUUCAAGCCUGGCUGCACCGAAAUCAAGGUAGCUGCAUGUCAGGGAGAACUGGAACACAGGUCUUGCUUAAUCUUUAAUACGUUUGCCUCAGUGAAUGAAACAUGAUAAAAUGCCACUUGUGACUCCAUGGGCUUUUGUUUACUCGUGUCUGUCCCUUUCAUUUUGUAAGCCAAAUUUCAAAUUAAACAUCUCAUUUGCAAAUGAGACAAAAUGUUGACUGAUGGGAUAAAAAAAAAAAAUAAAACACAACUUACACUCAA